AUGAACGUUAGAAAUGCACAUAUUAAUAUUGCAGAAUUUGAAGAUACUAAUGGUAAUAUAGUUGCAGAACAAAAUCAUAUUGCAUAUUUGUUGGUGACCCACUUUAAGAAGAAAUUUGAACAUCAUGAUGUGUCAUUUGAGGAAAGUCUUUUUGACACUAUUCCUAAAGUAAUAAUUGACGAAAAUAAUGCUCUCAUGGAUGCUCUGCCUUCAGCACAAGAGAUUAAAGAUGCAGUUUUUUCUAUGGAUCCAAACAGCUCACUUGGCCCUGAUGGAUUUCCAGCAAGGAGCUUUCAUAAAAGGAGAAAUAUUCAAGAGAAAAUUGUUCUUUCUUCUGAACUUGUAAAUGAGUUAAAUACUAAAAGAAGAGGAGGUAAUGUAGGUUUGAAGUUGGAUAUCACUCAAGCUUUUGAUUCAAUGAGUUGGGAAUUCAUUUUUGAAACACUCAAGCAUUUUGGCUUUUCUCAAGUGGGAAUUAACUGGUUGAGGAUAAUAUUUGAAUCUGCAAGAAUAUCAGUGCUAGUAAAUGGAGGACCAUUUGGUUUCUUUGAAGUAAGAAGGGGUCUCAGACAAGGAUAUCCACUAUCUCCCAUACUUUUUGUGAUAGCUGAAGAAGUACUGAGCAGAAACUUAACCAAAAUGAUUCAAGAAGGUUUGAUCCAAACAAUGGUUAAUAAAAAUGGAUGUAAGCCAUCCCAUUUAAUGUUUGCAGAUGAUAUAUUUUUAUUCUGUAAUGGGCAUAAAAGAACACUAGACAACUUAAUGGGUUUUAUAAUGAAGUAUCAAUCUGCACCAGGACAGACAGCUAACAGAGCAAAAAGCAAAUGUUUUGUUGGAGGAGUUACUGAAGAAAGAAGAUAUAUAAUUGCAAAAAGGCUACAAAUGGAGCUUUCAGGCUUCCUAGACAAAUAUUUGGGUGUAAUACUGUGUCCUGGAAGAAAACUGAUAACUGUUAAAUGGGAUGAAGUAAAUUCACAUUUUGUUGAAGGAGGUCUUGAUAUUAGAAGAUGGGAAGUGGUUAACAAGGCUUUACUAUUGAAACUGCUUUGGAAAAUUGAAACUGAGGAUGAAGAAUGGACUAGAUUUAUGAAGGAAAAGUACAAGAACAAAAAUGGAGACUGGAUUACUGGUUACAAAAAAUCUUCAAUCUGGCUUGAACUGAAAUGGGUGAUGAGUAAACUUAAUGAAGGAAGUAGAUGGCUGGUGAGGAAUGAAAGAAAUAUCUCAGUGUGGCAGGAUAAAUGGGUGAAAGAAAAUGCUCUUAUUAAUCAACAUUACUCUGACCCAUUUGUACAACAACACAAGAACUUAAAAAGUAAGUGA